GGAAGUUAACUUGUAGUGAAUAUAAAACACCUGAUUGGAGAUGUUUGUAUAGAAGUUUGUGUGAAAAAGAUCAGUAUUCGAUGAGACAUUUAUCCCUGAAUUCGGUUCCAAAAGUCAAUAUUGAACUUUGUCAUUUCUCUGUGUUUGGAGGUAGCAGGACUUUAACACAUGUUACAAUGAAGAUAUCAUUUUUCAAAUAAAAUAUUUAAUACUUUCCGAGGACUUGCAAACAAACUGGCUUUUUGGAAUCGGAGUGCAUGUGGUAUUUUCAAAGAUGAAGUCGUGGAUGCUAGUUGUGUUUUUUCCUUUGCAUUUAAUUUUCGGACAAAUCGUGGAAUACAGUUUACCAGAAGAAAAAGCACCAAAUACAUAUAUUGGCAAUGUAGCUCAGGAUGCUAAUAUUUCUCAACUGGCCCAGCCGGAAGACUUACUGUCCAUGGAAUAUCGCUUCCUGUCUCAGUCUAACCCGUAUGCAGAGCUGUUUUCCAUCCACGAGAAAGAGGCUACCUUGUACACAGCCAAACAGAUAGACAGGGAGACUGUGUGUAAGUUUGAAGUCAGCUGCAUCCUUAGAGUUGACGUCAUUGCAAGGUCCACUGGAAAUUUCUACCAGAAAAUCCAGCUCAACCUUAAUAUACUGGACAUUAAUGACAACAAUCCGACAUUCUCCCGGGGAUCCAUCGACGUGGAGCUAUCCGAGGGUUCGUCCGUGGGAACGUCCGUGCAAAUUGAGGGCGCCAUUGACGCUGAUACUGGGUCGUACUCCGUUCAAAAUUAUGUCAUCUCCCCUAGUGAUGGGCCGUUCGAGGUCCAUUUUCAAAAGAACGUGGAUGGGAGCUCCAUUGUGAAGUUGGUGCUUAGGCAGAGUCUUAAUCGAGAGGAUAGAGAGUAUUACCUCAUUCAGGUUUUAGCCCAAGAUGGUGGAAACCCUCCGAGGUCUGGCGCCCUGAACGUUAACGUGUACGUCACCGACAUCAACGACAAUUCUCCAGUCUUCCUGACCUCUAACCUCAAUGUGACCAUAGAUGAAGACGCCGCCAUUAACUCCACCAUCACCAUCAUCCGGGCCACUGACGCAGACAAGGGAAACAACUCUCUGGUGGUUUUCAGCAUCAGUGAACGCCAAGAUGCUCGCAUCCAAGCUCUGUUUGGGAUUGAGCGCUUCACGGGACGUCUGCUUUUAAAAGAAUCCCUGAUUUAUGAGCCAGGAGAGAGCUAUAAGAUAAUCAUUGAAGCCAGCGAUAGCGCCAAACAGCCCAGAAUCUCCCAGACCCAGGUAACGGUAAAUGUGAACGAUACCCACAACAAUCCGCCCCAGAUUACCGUGGAUCCUCUGUCCAACAGUGCAGACGCAGAAAUUUCGGAAAACGCAAAACCAGGGGCACCUGUUGCACAUAUUACGGUUUUUGAUCCCGAUACGGGAUACAAUGGACGAGUGAACUGUUCUGUUGAUGACAUUGCUUUUACAGUACAAAAAUUACGACAAACUAGUAAUUACAAAGUGGAGUAUAAAGUUGUCGUGGUUCAACCUUUGGACAGAGAGGUUCUUUCAGUAUACAGAGUUACCGUUCGUUGCGAGGAUGAAGGCCACCCUAAAUUGAAUGCAUCCGCCACUUUCAAUGUACGUCUGAGCGACGAAAAUGACAAUAAACCAAUUUUCAACCAACAAGUGUACAAAGUUCAAAAGACUGAAAAUAAUGAAAUUGGAGAUGAAAUCGUACAAGUGUCGGCAUCUGACAAGGACUUUGGUGUCAAUUCAAAAAUCCAAUACAGUUUACGAUCAUCCGAUCAGAACUUUCAAAUUAAUCCUGAGACUGGGCUUAUCAAAGCUUAUUUUCGAAUGGACAGAGAAAAACUAGACGAAUUCAGACUGAUGGUGUACGCAGUGGACCAAGGGACGGAUCCCAAAACUGGGUCGGCGGAAGUGAUCGUCCAGGUGGCGGAUCUGAAUGACAACGCCCCGGAUUUUGUAAACGAUAAUUUGGAUUUUAAUGUGCCUGAAAACUUUGGACGUAAUGUGACGGUUGGGGUAUUGUUGGUACAUGACAGUGACAGUGGGGAAAAUAAUCGAGUAUCAUUUUCCAUAGAUCCUCGCUUAAAGCCAGGCCUACCGUUUGAAGUGUUCUCCAAUGGCUCGAUAAUUGCCAUGAACAGUUUGGAUAGAGAGAAUCGUUCUACGUAUAUAUUUGAGGUGGUUGCAAAGGACCACGGUGUUCCACCCCAAACCACGCGGGCCAAUGUCACCGUACAGGUCUUAGACAUGAACGACAAUGCUCCAGUUUUUAUUUUCCCUACAGCACAUAAUAAUACGGUCACCGUUUCUUACCAAACUCAACCAAACCAGGUCAUAGCACAGCUGAAGACAACGGAUGCAGAUGAAGGACUUAACUCUAAGGUCACUUACCUCACCCCAAAUAAAAACUUAUCACAACUUUUUCAACUGAAUACCCUCUCUGGAAGAUUGAUUUUAACCAGAACUCUUGCGACUGUUGAUAUUGGUUCUUAUACAAUGUUAGUUUACGCUCAAGACAAGGGCACCCCUCCAAAAAUCUCAGAGGCCUUUUUGACCAUUACUGUCACUAACCUACCCCUGGAUGGGGCCCAGAUUUCCCCCGUGGAGGAGGAACACAAGUUUUAUCUCAUCGCCAUAGCCAUAACCUGUGUGACUGGUGUUAUAGCAGUAGUGAUCAUUUUGACAAUUUGUUUGAUAAAACGUGCAGAUCGCAUGAAGCUCAAGUAUCAACAGUCACACAAUGAAUGCGAAGUCAAUCAGGGGUUCGAACCCAGGAAAAAAGUCAGCUUUUCGGUAGAUGACCCGGAUUCAGCGAGAGUGGUGACUCACGUGACUUCAAAUCAACUUUAUUCUGCCCUGUCUGACCAGGUAGCAGGAGGUGGUUCCAGUCGUCUGAACUACCAGCCUCGAUAUCACAAUGAAGUAUACGAUAGACAACGAAGACACAAUCCAAAUGCUCAAAAUGCACCACAUUUUGUCAACCAAGAUGGCGAUACCAAUAGCAACCACUCCGCAGACACAGCAACUAGCGACAGUGGGAGAGGCGGAAGUGACGACAUGAACAACAGUUCCAUGUUCCCUAGCUCUUUAGAUUUCGACCAUGAGAACAGAUCAACACGAAGCAACAGAGACUUCCGAUCACAUUUACCCCUCCAUGACCGAGACAAACCCCAGACACAAAUAGGCAGACCCAGGGAUUUCUUCAAUUUAGACUUAUCGUAUAAUAGUAGUGCAUAUCCAAAUUUAGACAAUUCGUAUUCACACGGAUUAGUUCCCUACAACAAUACGGGGAAUGAUGAUAGUACCACCACAUCUGGUAGCUAUGUGCUUGACCCGGAAGAGGAAAUUAAAGAGGUCAUUCAACCAAGCAACAGAUGCAUUGUUUGAGCAGAAGCUCAGGAAUCAAAGUGAAUAACUAAUUAGUCAUUAGAGAGAAGAAAAGUGUUUGAGGGGAGAAUGAAUCUGUGUCUGGGCGCUUUCGUUUUGCAAUUAAUAAAAAGCGACUUGAUCAAACGAGACGAGUGAUAAAAGGUGAGAAAUAUCGCAGUUUUAUAAAAACGCGACUUAAUUCCACUUCAAACAAACGAAUAGACGAAUGUGUAAGAAAGGAUCCGAGGUCUGAAUGCGAGGAGACAGUACAGAAUAAAGGAUGGAUUGUUUUCACAACACGGACGUGUUACAACAAAGUGAAAACGAUUUAUUUGCUUUGAGAAUAAAAAAAAACCGCUGUUUGCUUUUUUCAGUCAAUUUAUACUCGUGUGUUCCAACUGAAGAAUGUGCCAAAAAAGGACUUGAUACCAAAGAAUACUCUGUUUUAUUGUUAUUUUCUUUUUUAACAUUAAACAUAAAAUCGGAACUCUUUUGUUGUUA